CCUGAUGCAGGAGUAGGUGCGAGUGGAUUAGGUUAUAAUAAUUGAGACACACUUGUAUACUGGUAAAGAGAAUAUAUUUAUGUCCGAUGCGUGUGCUAGGAGAAUCGGAGCUAGACUAGUUUGAUUGUAAGCAAAAGGAGAGAAGCCAAGCCAGCUAUAUAUCGCAGCACAAUACGUGUAUACAUAAACAUAGGCGGGAAUUUUAAUUGCUAUACAAAUAUAUUACAACAGCCUCUUUGAAAUUAGUGUACGACACAAGGAAUAAUAUCAAUACAAAAGAUUUAAGGUUAUGUCCAUUCCAACAAAUGCUCAAGAAAUGGAAGAAAAAGCGUUUCAUCGCAAGUAAUGACUAGUCUAUUUCUCAUAGUCAUUUCAUAUUUUCCAGCCCAUUUUUAAUAUUCAUAUUUCUACCAGGGCUAUUUCAUAAUGUGGGAAUGCGUGUUUAGUGGGUACGUAUACCAUGUGCCGGUAAGAGAGAGAGAGAGAGAGUCUAUGAGAAACCUUAAGAUCGAAAGAGGACUUCCGUUUUGGCGCCAAACCGAACGGACGUGCUUUUUGUGCUCUCUCAAUUUACGAGUGUUUCAACUGUUUUUCAACUAUCUAAAGUGCUUGUGCGCGUCAACAACAUCGACGCCCUUAUUUUAAUUAUUAUUCUUUUGAACUUUUCUUCUCUCUUCUCUCUCAUCUAUCUUUUUGUUAACCUGUUUCCGCCACCUAACCUCCAACCGGCGACGGGGGGCCGUCGGCCCUUCUCACCGUCACACCAAUCCACUUCUCAGCACCACGUACCCUUCUCCCCUAUUUCUCCUCAAUCUCCUGCUAUCGCCAUGCCCAUUCAGUCCAAUCUCGACGACCUUUCUAACUCUGUUCUCCCUGGAACCUCCCCCAACUCUAACACUUUCACUCUCCCCCAUCCCCCCAUCAGUCAAAAUAUUUUCAUCCAAACUGACCGCCUCACAUCUGCAUCCUCAGAUGAGAAAACCCUGUCGCAAUCUAAUCUCACCACCUUUACAGAUGGCAUCUCUGAUAUAACUAUGACCUACAAGGACCAUGCGUCUCAGCCCACCUCUGGUAAGAGAAGAGCUAGCGACCGGUCUGACUUCUCAGCUGCCCACAACGAAACCUCCAACUACGACUCUCGCCCCAAGAAAGCUGCAACUUCCCAUAACAGCUCCAAGAAUUCAUCGCUGGCUGCCACAACAGCCUCCAAUACCUCUUCAACCUCCACGUCUUCAGUCUCAACUGACACCCUUCAAGUUCCUGCUGCCUCUGUACCUGCAGGUAAAAUAAACGUCACCACUGACAACAGCAACAGCACCGCCACCAUCACUGCCAACAAGGAGCUUCCUACAAAGAGGCCACCGUCUCUCUACUCCCUCCACAACCAAGGCCCAUUGAUCAUCUUCGCCGAACCCAUAGACCCUCAACUGGUUAAGGGUCACUUGCAUCCCACCACAAUAGGCAGGUUAAUCGCCUCUAAGCACCAAGGUAAUAUCGUUUCAAUUUCCUCCUCUGGCUCUCUCAAGAUUUCCAUUACUCUAUCGAACCGCUUCUCCGACAACUCUCUACUACUAGACCCCAACUUCAAAGAACAAAACUUGCGCUUUUCUGUUCCUCUUAAUCGUCUCAACAGGCAAGCCAUCAUCAGGGACGUCCCAACGGACAUCUCGGACGACGUCAUCUUACAAGAACUUCAGGCAGCCUCCUAUUCCUCCACCUCUUUCAAGGGCAUCAAAGCUGAAAGGUUCAACCGAAGGAUCACUCUUCAGGACAACACCACCAAGCUAGUUCCCUCUAAAACAAUUCGCCUCACUUUCGAAGGCCAACAUCUCCCUAGCUUUAUUAACUUAUUCUACGUUAGAUACCCCAUUCAAGUUUACAUUCAGCCUGUUAAAAUGUGUUUGAACUAUUUCAGAUAUGGUCAUCUCAAAACCCAGUGCAGGAGCAAACCCAUCUGCGAAAGAUGUGGCCAGCCCUCUCAUCCCUCAGUCAGCGAAUGCCCAUGUGCAGCAGCUCAACCCAUCUGCGUUAACUGCGGCCUCAAUCACCUCCCCAAGGACAAGUCCUGCCCUGAGUGGAUAUUUCAGCAGCAGCUUCAUUCGUUCGCUGCUACCAACAACCUCUCCCUGAACGACGCUCUCUCACACGUUUUACGCACUAACCCCCCGGAACACAACUCAAGAACUUGCCCCAAAUCACGCCGCACCAACCACCCCGGACCUCCACUCGCGCCCCCUCCUCUGUUCUUUAACCCCCACUCUGACUCCGCUUCUCCUCCGACAACACCACCGGUUUCUUCUUCCAGCAACUCCCCCUGCGGGCAUUCUUCCCCUUCGUACGCUUCAGUCAUUCGCUCAUAUAGACCACCAGUCAAUGGGUCUCCCCCCCAUAACCGUACAUCUACCCCCAAGCCUCCCUCGCGCCCACCAGGCUUCUCGCAACGCACCCCCUCUCUCUCUUCUGAACAUAUCAAUUGCCUCUUCUCCCCCAACGGCCGCCCUCUGGCCCUCAGCCAACUCAAUUCCUCCACCUCUGCCCCCAUCUCCCCCGUGGACCUCGCUUUCUCUUCUGAACUUGAUCCACCAGCCACAGCCCCCACUGAAACACCCCAACCGUCUUCACCGCUGCUACCACCCCCGCCGUCAGACCCCAAUGCCUCCGUUAGCUACCUCCUUAAGAUCAUUUUCGAGCUCUUAAUUCCUCUUUUAUCUAAAGCAGGCUUCCAACAAACCGCUUCCGACAUUUCUUCGCUUCUCCAACACUCUCUUAUCUCGAAUAAUGGCUCUACACUCUCAAUCUAAAGACCUUCGCAUCCUCCAAUGGAACUGCCUUUCUUUUAGAUAGCGCAGAGCCUCCAUACAAGAACUUUCAGAAAACUAUGACGUAAUUAUUCUUCGCGAAACGUGGCUCAAUCCCCUCGACAAUGCCUCCUUGAAAUGCUUCGUCAUUGUCCGCAAUGACAGGCCAGUAGGCAGAGGAGGUGGCACCGCCAUCUGUAUUCGCAAUUCUAUCCCUUUUAACGUGAUCACCACCUAUAAUUCCACCCACAAUCUCGAAUCUAAUGCUGUCUCUAUUAUUACUUCUCAAGGUGAGCUCCUCAUCGUUUCCGCCUACAGGCCCCCCAACUCGACUUUCGACAACAUCCACCUCCAAAGACUUCUCUCUUCUAUCGAUACCUUUAAUUCUAUUCUCCUAGCAGACGACUUCAACUGCCACAAUGUUGCCUGGGGCAGCAGCUCCACCUGCAACCUAGGGGACUAUCUUCUCAAUUUCCUUUCUGAUAACAACCUUUUAAUUGCCAACAACGACUCCCCCACCUACUUGAAUAGAAGAAACCCCGACAAUUCCUCGUGCUUGGACCUCGCCUUUAUCUCUCCCCAUCUCUUCUCCAUUUGCUCUUGGUCAGCCUUAGAAGACAAUCUUCUAAGUGACCACUAUCGCAUUUCAAUCUCUUUGGGCAUACCCGCCCCCUUUGCCUCCUUCCGCUCACAUUGCCCUAACUACCGUCGUAUUUCCUCCGCAAACUGGAUCGCUUUCGAAAACUCUCUGUCAGAGCUCCUCACUGACUUUUUCCCUGACAACGCCUCACCAUCUGAAAGGUACGAGGCCCUCACUUCUUUUAUCCUUCGGACUAUCGAAGACUUCAUCCCCGUCUCUCGUUCAUCAAACAAACGUCCCAAAGACCCCGAACCUCCCUGGUGGAACGAGGACUGCUCUCAAGCCGAAAUUGCUAGAAAGGCAGUUUACACCGAACUUCUUUCCGUUGAAGAUCACGCAAGAACCGUAUUCACCCAAGCAAAAAAAGACUCUUAUCGCGAUACACGUUCUUCAUUGACCCCUCGUUCUGACCCCAAAAAGUUCUGGGACCUUAUUCAAAGGUUCAGACACCGCAACCUCGGCGCUUCUAACGCUCGGAACAACAUGGCCAAUAUAGCCAAACAAAACGACCUAAUUCCCUCUAUCUACCCUCCUUCAUGUCUCUACCCCAACUUCCCCUCUGUUUUCACCCCUUCUCUUCUCACUAACAAUCUCUUUUGCAAACCCUUCUCUCGCACCGAACUCGAAAUCGCCGUCAACCAGUGCAUUGCCAAGACCAACUCGGCUCCUGGUUUAGAUAAAAUUGAUAACCUCCUCAUCUCUCACUUUCCAGAUAUCAUUUAUGAGCAUCUUCUCUCCAUCUUCAACGAUUUCUUCUUGAAAGGUGAAUUUCCGCCUUCAUGGAAAGAAUUUCUAGUUUUUUUCAUCCCUAAAGGCAACACCGGCAAAUUCCGACUAUCUCUCUUGCUCAAUCUCUCCUCAAAAUCUUUGAAAGACUGAUUCUUCGCAGGCUCAACUGGUGGCUCGAGAGAUACGAGAUCAUCCCUCGCUACCAGUUUGACUUUUGCAAACGUCGCUCUUGCUCCGACAACCUCUCUAUUUUCACCUGCUCCAUCUAUUCUAGCUUUGUUAAUAACUCUUACACUGUGGCCCUACUUUUAGACAUCAAGGGCGCCUUCGACGGUGUCGACCCCGGCAUUCUCAGCUUACAUAACAAAAAUCUUGUUGACUCUCCCUUAUGUCCUUGCGGCGAAGACGAUGAAGAUCUCAACCACAUCUUCUGGGCCUGUUCUCGUUUCGACACCCAACGCUCUCGUCUUCUUUUUUCUCUCGCAAAACGUAAAAUAUUUCCACCCUUUACAAUCUCUUCUUUCAUUCACCAACUACGCAAUGAUAUUAUUGAAAUUCUCCUUCGCUUUUUAACCGAUUGUGAUCUCUAUAUCUAAUUCCUCUAUGUCCCUCUAUCGGUCUCUCGGACUGCCUUGCCCUCUGUCAGCACUUCUCCAAUGCUCUUUUGCCCUCUUUUACCCUCUUUUGCCAAGCCUUCGCCAAGCUACCCUCACCCCCCUCGAUGCGCCGAGAGGGACAAGGCCCCGCCAAAGAAGCAGUCCCAGAGCGACCUCGAACGAGCGAACAUCUAAGAGCCCUAAACAACCGAGCGAACCUAACGAGCGUAUAUUCAAGUCUUACAAAAUGACUACUUACUUGGACUUGAGCCUCGCCGCGCCGAAUAUCGCUCCGGCGACGCACAUGGGCAAUCUCAGCUGCAGAGCCUCGACCCACUUGACGGUGACUUCGCCG